UCAGGGUAGAGAAAAUAGUUCUUAUUUACAAAGUGCAGACCCAUCCAUUGUGGGGCGGACCAGGUGUUAACGUACAUGCGGUAAUUUAUCGCCAUUUUGUCUGGAGUUCAACAUCACACCUAACAGGUUACUGAGUAAUGCAGACUUUGGAAUCUGACUGAGCGGACCGUAGCUUGUUCGUACCUGUGUAUGACUGAAACAUCGUCUGGAUACGGCAACGUCGGCAUUUGCAGAACAACGUUUAAUUAGUAGAUUUCACAGACAUUCCUCUGGAUCGUGGAUAUCACGCAGUACAUUUGGUGAAAAUUUAGAUCGGUCAUCAACAAUGGAGGACCCUUUCGACGGCACUGUACAGAGUACGUUUACCAGAAAGGGGUCCAAAAGUAAGAUGAACCGGCGCGGCUCGGACUGCAAGGCUACCGAGGCGAAGCUGGUUGUCUCGGGGAAGAUGGGAGUGGGAAAAUCAGCACUAGUCGUCCGGUAUUUGACAAAGCGGUUUAUCUGGGAAUACGACCCAACAUUAGAGUCCACGUAUCGUCACCAGAUCACCAUAGAAGAUGACGUGAUAAACAUGGAGAUACUGGACACAGCCGGGCAACUUGGGGAAGAUAGCACAAAUCAAUGGGAGGGUCACGUGAGAUGGGGAGACGGCUUCCUAUUGGUCUACAGCGUGGACGACAGGGAGAGUUUUGAGAACAUUGCUCAGCUGAAAAACUUUUUGGACGAUAUCAAGAAGCCCAGAAACGUUUCCAUGGUGAUGAUGGCAAACAAGACGGACUUGGAGCGAGAGCGCAUCGUGUCGACGGAGGAAGGAGAGAAGCUAGCGCAGGAUUUGGCGUGUGCGUAUUACGAGGGUUCUGCGUUGCUAGGCGACGGCGUCAUCAGCGAGGCCAUCGAGGAACUGUGUCGGGAAGUGCGCAGGCGCAAAAUGAUGGAGGGAAAACAGCGCAGGCGCAGCUCGUCUCAGCAAGUCAAGCAGGUGUUCAACAGAGUUCUGACCAAAAUUUACAGCUAAAUACACACAUACAGAUGUAUCCAUGGAUUAAAUGCAAUAUCGUCCGGAACUCCAAAGAAAUUCUAAGAAG